GAAGGAAUGAGUAAGGGGAAAGGAAGGUGACAUUAGGAAUAAAAAAACAAAAUAAAGGUGGAAAGAGGCCAAUUCCCAUUCUUCUCUCAAUCUCGAUUCUCCCAACUCUCAAUCAUUCAUCCUCUUCGCCCUUCGCCCUUUGAGACCAUGGCCAAAAGCUCCUUCAAGCUUGAACAUCCCUUAGAAAGAAGACAGGCUGAGUCUGCUCGCAUUAGAGACAAGUAUCCUGAUAGAAUACCUGUGAUUGUUGAGAAAGCUGAAAGAAGUGACAUCCCAGACAUCGAUAAAAAGAAGUACCUUGUCCCAGCGGAUUUGACUGUUGGUCAGUUUGUUUAUGUUGUUCGUAAAAGGAUUAAGGUCGGUGCGGAGAAGGCUAUUUUCGUUUUUAUCAACAACACUCUACCUCCAACUGCUGCCCUGAUGUCUUCUAUUUAUGAGGAAAAUAAGGACGAUGAUGGCUUUCUUUAUAUGACAUACAGUGGAGAGAACACUUUCGGCUUCCGCUAGGGUCAAACUCUAUGAUUUAUAUCCACUGUAAAUAGAUGCUGCAAUAUGUAAACUUUCUGCUGUUGAUAGUCAAUGCCUAUCCUGUUGAUUGCUUAUGGUUUACGUAUCACUUGAGCAGUAUUCCUGCUCUUUGAUCAUGUGCAGUUGUGCCCUGUCUUUAAAUUAUGGAUUUCAAUAUAUAAAUUUAGAUUAUAUGCUCUCACCGUUUAA